AUGGGCUCCAAAUAUUUACUUUUCGCCCUUGUGGCUUUGGUGCUUACAUCUAGCACCACCUUUGCAGCCGAUGUUGAUAAUGCUGAUAUGGAACAUCGUAUGGAGGAUUCGACUGAGUCGCCCGUUGCUGACUUAGCGGUUUUAGACUCUCAAAUGAAAACCUCAACUGAGCGGCCAACUACUGCAACUAUUAAAGCGCAAGCUGCGGCAGCUACGAAAAGUGAACAGCCACAAAAUGCGCAACCCCAUACAGUCGCCGACUUUAUCAUACACCCUCUGAUCGCUUUUAAACCGCGUUCUCCCGAAGAAGGUUUGGCUGGCAAACAAGCUGGCGAUUCAUCCUCCACAACAACGCCUUCCCCCUGGACACUAUUCGGUUUUAAUGCCGGCCAGGGUUUGGGAUCAACCGUCUCAUCAUCGGUCUCGUCAUUGGCCGGCUCUGUCAGUGGCUGGCUGACCGAUCGUAUCCAAUUGCCUGGUUUGGUGGACUCGCCCAUACGUGAUUCAAGCACGACCAGCACGACCACAACAACAACAACAACACAACGUCCAGAUAUUGUUGUACGUGUGCAGCACAAGGGUUCAACACGUCGUCCACUCAUAUCGAUCACCAACGAAAAUCGUCCACAUCGCUUCUAUAGCAAUAAUAAUAAUAAUUUAAAUGUCCAAUACGAUGAUGAACUAGACGACGAUUUGGAUGACCCACUCGAAGAAGAGGAGGAGAUUAUUAAAAAUAAGAACAAGCAAGAAGAAGAAGAAAUUCGCCCUGUACGGCGCCCACAACAGAAUCGACCACAACGUCGCCGUCGUCCCAUUGUCGAAGAUGACAUCUCCGAAGAAGAAGUAGAAGAUAACGAUGACGGUCCCCAGUCAGACGAAUUUGUUGAUGAUGAAGACGAAGAAGUUAUUGAAGAUGAUGAAGAAGAUGAAAAUGUGGAAAAUGAUGAAAACGACGAGGAAGAAGAACCCGCGGCUCAGAACGUGAAUACUCGCCACCGUCCGGUACAGUACAAUAGUAACAACCGCCCGCGUCAGCAACCGCAACGCCGUCGCCUUAUCGUGGGCAGUCAGCGCCAGCAGCCCGGUAGCGUUAUUCGGCGUAUACCAAAACCCAUCGAAAGUGAAGACGACGAAGACGAUGGUGCCGAUGAGCACUUGUAUUACAGCAGCCGCCCCUCUACAAAACGCUCUCAGAAUGAUGCCACCCUUUUUCGGCGUGGACAGGAAAACGUAAUUAAACAGAUACGUCAAUUAACGGGCGGCCAUACACCCGCUGAGAUUGGCGCACUAUUAAGCACAUCUCCGGCGCAGACGGGCAGUAAACAGAAUCGACGACGUGCGACACUUUUUGUUAAUCGCAAUGGGCAAACCUACUACUUGGCGCCUGAACUUCUAAACAACGAACUUCCACAAGCGCAUCAACUCAAGCAAGGAGCCACAAAGUUUCCACAACCCCCCUUGACGGUGCCGCUCAAGCGUAAGAAUGCUCCUACCCAGUAUAUCACAAUCCCUUGGUCACAAUUAGGUAUCACACAACCUAAUAACCUUCAUUCUGUUGUCGAAGGUGUGCAGAGUCAGCCACUAAUCUUAAAUAUUCCAGCCAGCGCCAUUCAAGCUAUGCAGAACCAAAGCUCAAAACGUAAGAAGCAACCCGCCAUCACUUCUGAAGCUGUGCCGCUUUUGGCCGAGGCUUCGAUUAUGGACGUCUUUAAGCCACCGAAAAUUCCACACGAUCGCCACUCCAUGGACGCGUCAGUUCAGAAACCCUCCACCGGAGGCAUGCCUGUAAUUAUUGCAUCAAAGAAGAAGAAAAAUAAGCCAGCUAGCAGCAGCAAUGCAGCCAUAACUGCUACGAACCUACCACAGCGCAUACGCCCAGGAACGGUUGUCGAAAAAUCGCCUGCCACCGCAGACGCGCCGACAGAAGCUGCUGAAGAAAUGUCCGCCCAAGAAACGGUACAUAAUGUGGACAACGAAUACAUCCUUGUGGGGGAAGAUAAUGAGCCCAGUCUGACGCAGCAGGUGCAGCCUGUAUAUGGUGAGGCGCGUUAUGUCUACGGUGCAAAUGGCUCACCCUACUUUGAGGUGCUGAAAAAUGGGCGAGUUGCACAACUGCGUAGAAGCGGACGUGAGCUCGAGGUGCCAACAGCUGGUGAGCCGAACUUAGACCAGUUGCAGCCGGCGAGUGGCGAACAAUUCAUAGCUGUAAAAGUUAUCAGCGAGCCAGAAGAGUCGGCGCCUGUAAAGGACUUGCAGGUCGCAGUGGAAGCGCAACCACAAAUAAUUGAAACAAAAGUGGGACAGGCAGAAGCAGUGCAAACAGAAGUAGAACAGAAGGCGUUAGAAGGCGCUGAUGUGCCGGUAAAGGUGCCGGUGGAGGAUAAUAAGACCGGCGAAGGGGCGGUGGCGACUGCGUAA